CACUCGUUCAAUUAAGAACUCCAGUGAAGAGGACGCACAGUUGCAAGGAUAUUACUUUCAAUAGGAUUACACACUUGUGCCGCGAACAAGAUGAAGAAUUUUGCUUUCUGUCUUUUGGCCGCCACCUUACUGAGCUGCUGCCAAGCGGCACCCCAAAAGGCCGACGAGCCCAUCGCCAUCAUCAGCCAAGAGUCCAACAUUGAACCAGAUGGAUCCUACAAUUAUGCCUAUGAGACGGCAAACGGCAUCAAGGCCGAGGAGACCGGAACCCUGAAGAAGGCCACUUCCCCGGACUCCAGUGAUGUGAUCAUUGCCCGAGGCUCGGUGUCAUACACCUCUCCAGAAGGCAACCUCAUCACCCUGACAUACUCCGCAGAUGAUGAGAAUGGUUUCCAGCCACAGGGCGACCAUCUUCCGACACCACCACCUAUCCCCCCUGCGAUCCAGAAGGCCUUGGACUACCUCCUUAGCCUGCCGCCCGCAAAACGUCGUUAAGCGCAGAAGGAAGAGAAUUACCAACCGGAUGUAGACCCAUGAUUCUGCCCCUUGAUUCCGACUCGAAACUACAAAUGUGAAGAUGCUGCUGUUGUUAUUGCUGCACCACCCACUGCACUACCCAAUCUCCUCCUAGACAAUCCACAUCAAGACACACCAGCUAAACCCCACAGGAAUAUCUGUCUUGGGGGCGAUCGGCCGAAUUCACUGACUGAAGAACACAGACUAAAACACGGUUUUGUGGGACAACACUCUGUUCAUUGACACAAGAUACACUCGUCUGCUUUCUUGCUUUCUUCCACGUCCCUUUUACGCGAAUUUCUUCAGAUCUUUUAGUCGCCGGAACUUUGUUAUUUUCGGACUUAUGUGAUAUCGUCGAUUUAUCAAUGAAAUCAAGAAAGAAAAUGUAAAAAAAAAAAAUAUAUACAAGACAAACAAGCAAAUUACUUAAAUAAUAUACAGGAAUAUUAUAUCCACAGCAAACUGUUUUGUGUAAAUAGUCUGUAAAUUAGAAACAUUUACACGUAUGUAGUCUAAGAACUAACAUCGGCGAGGAUAUGGCCUGACUACGGGCUAGUUCUCGUCGCCAACAACUAUGAAGAUAUAUUCUUUAGCCUUAGCUGCAAAUAAAGAAUUAAUGAUUCUUUCGAAAAGUAAA